GCUAAAUUUGUACUUCCGUAUACAAAUCCCAUCAAUAUAUUCUGCAGAUCCUACGCCACCAAUUCCUCUCUCUAAUAGUCUCGAGCUUGGUUUGAUUCCUCCCUAACCUAGCUAUUCGUCGUCUUACUCCAAAGUGCUCAUUUUCGUGCAGAGAUCGAAAAGAAGAGAACAGGCUUAGCAAUGGGAUCGAAAUGGAAGGGCGACGAUGGCGCGAGUCCUGGGAAGAUAUUCAUCGGAGGAUUGCCAAAAGAUACAAAUUAUAAUACAUUUAAUAAGCACUUUGGAGAAUAUGGCGAGAUUACAGACUCAGUGAUAAUGAAAGAUCGGUACACUGGGCAACCAAGGGGUUUUGGAUUUAUCACCUAUGCUGACCCUUCAGUUGUUGACAAGGUUAUCGAGGACACCCAUGUCAUUAAUGGAAAACAGGUUGAGAUCAAAAGGACCAUUCCAAAAGGCUCUGGACAAUCAAAAGACUUCAAAACAAAGAAGAUAUUUGUUGGUGGUAUACCAUCAAGUGUCAGUGAAGACGACUUCAAGAAUUUCUUCUCCAAGUACGGGAAGGUGGUUGAACACGAGAUUAUACGAGAUCACGAGACCAACCGUUCUCGGGGUUUUGGAUUUAUAAUAUUUGACAAUGAGGAAGUUGUUGACGACUUGUUGUCACAUGGUAAUAUGAUAGAUAUGUCUGGUACCGAGGUGGAGAUCAAGAAAGCAGAACCAAAGAAAUCCUCAAAACCACCCCCAGCUCCUGGAUAUGGUAGCAACUCUAGGAAUCGUUCUUUUGGUGAUGGCUUUGGCGAAUCAUACAGGGGUUUUGAUGGUGGGUUUGGCCCUGGUCCUUAUAGGACGCCUGGAGGUUUUGGCAGUAGGCUUGGUGGAUAUGGUGGGUAUGGUAGUGCUGUUAGUGACUAUGGCGGCUAUGGAGGUUUUGGCAGCAGUAGCCUAGGAGGUUACCGAGGUGAAUCUUCCCUUGGUUAUUCUAGCCGCUUUGGACCUUAUGGUGGUGGGUUUAGUGGGGGUUAUGGUGGUAGUGGACUAGGUGGUUAUGGCCCAACCGAAGGCUAUGGCAGUUAUGGAGGUUCAGACUAUGGUGGUGGUUAUGACUCUGGUCCAGGUGCUAGUUAUGGUGGAACAGGUGGGCUUUAUGGGCGGGGAGGCUAUAGUGGCAGUAGUCGCUACCAUCCUUAUUCAAGGUAGAAAAAGAGGCACUAUAAGGCAGUUGCUCUUAGAAGUCUCUCAGAGGUUUGUCUAGUCUAUUGUGUUUUGACUCAUGCAUUGAUAGCUACUUUCUCAGCCCUAAGGUGUUUUCUGCCAUGUCAAAUGAGGAAGCUUACAAGACCAGAGGAAUUUAGAAGACUGCUUUCUCUAUUGUAAUUUAGAAACCUUAUAGAUGUGUUUUGUUACUUGUUUGGCGUCUGGUUGUGUUCUUCUAGAAAUGAUUGUCCUUUAGCGCGUUCUUUUGGUUGUCUGACUCUUCCCUAGUUUGAUCUUUAGAUAUUUAUCGUGUAAGAACUAUGGUUAGCUGUUAUGUUUUCUUUAGCAUUUUCACUUGAAUCUCAUUACUUAAAUGUUUAGUUGAUCUUAGAUAGGAAGUUCUUCUGUUAUGGUUAGUUUGACAUUUCAGGAUUGCUAUAGUCAAGGCGUCCACAUUAGCUAUGCACUGGCUAGCAGGUUUGGAAGUGUUCUAGAGAGAUGUCUUGGUUAAAAUGUGGCAGGACUUCUGGUCUUAAUGCUAUUGGUGACAGGGGUAUGCAUACGUGCUUUGUGUUUAAGAGCUCAUAGUAUUGACUCUCUUUGUGGUAUGAUAGACAAGGAUUUUGCUGCUUCCCCUUGUUAAGAACAAAAAUGGCUUCUGCCAUUGUUUAGCAUGAAAUAGUGCUUGACAUUACUUUCACCACGUAGUUUUGGGCAUUGAUGAGUGAGUGCUAUAUCAGAAAUAGCAUUAAUAAUGGCAAGUGGAACAGUUUUUUUUUCUUUCUAAAUGUGCUGUAAUUUUUCUAAGGUUUGUAGGAUAGGUGACCCUUAUAUUAUUUUCGGAGUCAUCAAUCUCCAUUUUU